CGUUGUAACUGCUUCACUCCUGAGGAACGCUCCCUGGCUGGAUACCGUCUCUUCCAUCACUGCAUGGCCCUCCUGCUCCAUCCUCUGAUUGCUGCCGGCAAUGAUGGUGUCGAGAUGGUGUGCGCCGACUCAUGGAUACGUCGUGUGUACCUGAUUCUGGCCACAUACGUGGCCGAUUUCCCAGAACAGUGUUUGGUGGCCUGUUGUAAGGAAAAUCGGUGUCCGAAGUGUCUUGUUGCGGCAGAGGAGCGAGGG